GUUGUGAAAGUAGAAGGCAUGAAACACUCCUGCAAUGCGAGAGGAAGACGGCUCACCUCUUCCUUCUCCCCACUCUGACACAAGCACUGACACUGGUUCUUUGUGGUGAUGACGUUGGAAGGCGUCAGGAGGCUUUGAUCAAGGCAUGGCAUCAGAGAGCGGUGUGAGUGCAUGGAGCUGUAAGCAGGUGGCCCAGUGGCUGCAGGCGGAAGGAUUCGCCGACUAUGUGGAUCUGCUGUGUGCUGACCACCGCCUGGAUGGGCCCAGUCUCCUGGCUCUGACUGAGGCUGACCUACGCGGACCUCCUCUGAGCCUCACCGUGCUGGGGGACAUCAAGAGGCUGGCCAUAUCCCUCCGCCAGCUUCAGAGACAGAACCAAGCUCAGGUGCAGGAGCUAGGUCUCCAGCCUAGUGACAGUCUCCCGGCGGCCGACUGGACCUGGGACAGAGGCGACAGGCACUGCAACGGAGGAGAGUUCACCGGGAAUGGCAUUGCGCUCCGACAGAGGAAUGGCACCCAAGCCGAAUACGGCUCUGGAGCGCCGCUGCGUCACACUCACUCCAACGGAAGAUGUCGGCAGCACCUGGCCGGAAGGCUUGACCCGGAGGUGUGGAAGACCAUCUUGAGUGUCAUUUAUGUCUUUUUAGUGUUUGGCUUUACUUCCUUUGUUAUGGUCAUCGUACACGAGCGUGUUCCAGACAUGAGAACCUAUCCACCGCUUCCUGACAUCUUCUUGGACAGUGUUCCGAGAAUCCCUUGGGCUUUUGCAAUGGCUGAAGCCUGCGGACUCAUCCUGUGCUACAUGCUUAUGUUGAUCCUGCUGCUUCAUAAACACAGGUCCAUUCUCAUAAGGCGGUUGUGUUCUCUGAUGGGAACUGUGUUUUUACUUCGCUGCUGCACCAUGUUUGUCACCUCGCUCUCUGUACCUGGACAUCACCUCAAGUGCGCCAGCAAGGUGAGAAGUUUCCACACGUACGGCAAUUUGUUGGAAAAGAUACAGAGGGCACUGACAAUCUGGGUCGGAUUCGGGAUGACUCUGACCGGCGUCCAAACAUGUGGAGAUUACAUGUUCAGCGGACACACGGUCGUCAUUACCCUGCUCAACUUUUUUGUGACAGAAUACACUCCUAGAACGUGGAAUUUAAUUCACACCAUCUCUUGGGUGUUGAACCUCUUCGGGAUCUUCUUCAUCCUGGCGGCACACGAGCACUACUCAAUCGACGUCUUCAUCGCCUUCUAUAUCACCACGCGCCUUUUCCUGUACUACCACACCUUGGCCAACACCCGCGCCUACCAACAGAGCCGGAGGGCUCGCAUCUGGUUCCCCAUGUUCUCCUUCUUCGAGUGCAACGUGAACGGACCCGUUCCCAACCAGUACCACUGGCCUUUCAGUAAACCUGCCUUCAUGAAGACACUCAUUGGCUAGACUGGAAAUACUCGCCCCCUUCAUCCACCACGCUCCGUUCAUCUGGAGUUUGUGUUCCAGCUCAAAUAUUAGUUUAAGAUGAUUUUUUUUGUCUGCAUACAGACCGCAGAUAAGAUGAAGGUUGUCACCCAAUGAAGCCAAAGAUAUUUAUUUUAAAUGAGAGCUUCACUAACCUAAUAACUUUUUUUUUCAAUUUUUGCACAUGAUAUAAUUGAAUUGGUGGUAGGGUAGGAUGGUCUCCAUGCACUGAACACAUCCUGGAUGGAGCGCACAAGUAUCGCUUUUGCCUUAAUAUAUUAUUACCGCUGUGGUAUUCCAGUUGAUCCCACCCAGCAUUCGUAUGAAAAAGUUGGAUGGGGUUUCACAGGGUUAAGUCACAUUUUGGUAAGUCUUCAAGUGCAGUUUUUGCUACCAAAGAAGUUUCUUCUGGACAAUACUUGCUGUUCGGCGAGAGGCAUUGACACUCUUAAUUUAUUUGUGUAAUGUAAUGCUAUGACUUUUGAGAACGGAAGCUUUUUUUGUCUUACAUGAGAGUGCGCUGCACCUACUCACGUCAGCGGCUCAUUAGCCAAAAAAAAAAAAAAAGGCUUUAAAAGAA